CAAAUAAAAGAUAAAUUUCAUACCAUCGUUAAAACAUUUCUCAUACCUCUUCAUAAAGGAUCGGGGUACUACUGGGAGCUUCGAAAUCUAUAUAUUAAUACAAAGAACGGCCAGUAUAUAGGAUGUGCAACAGCCCGUCUUGGCUGUACACAAAGAACUGAUCGCCAAUAUAAACGACCAGACAACCAACCUGUAAAAAAAAUAAGUGAAGCUAGACCUCCCAUCAAGCGUUUCUCGUGUAAUGGAGUUAUAACAAUCAAAGUAGAUUUAUGUGAACAACAGGCAAUAAUAACUGUAUAUCAUUUAGCGCAUGAACGUCCCACUUACCGAGAAUCAAAUUUACCUAUAG